CUCGAAGCAAAUACAUCAGGGUGAAGAAGGCAGCUCUUCAAUUAGUCCGUGUAUGAUGAUGUAUUCUUAUAUCGUAAUUCAUUUCUUUGACAAUUUUGAAAUGGAGAUGAAGAUUCUCUCAAAAUAAAUCACUCUUGUUCAUUCGCAUUCUGAUGUAAGUAGUCGGAUAAACACAAACACUUUGACGAAAAAGAACCGUCAUCUAUCAACGAACGGAAAAAAGAUGUCGGCAGCCGCCUCGAGAGCAGGAGCUCCUGCUUUCGGCUCUGCUUUGCCUGGCUCUGGUCUUGGCAGGGGAACGAAGUUAAAGCCAGGGAGCAAAACACAUCUAGAUCUUCUAGGCAGACUUGGAGGAGAUGUGGGCACUCUCAGCAGUCCCAUUUUCUGUACGAUUGUCAUAGGGUUCUUCCUCUUUGUCCUCUGCCUGCCCGCUAAGAAACGGACGAAGCUACUGCGGAAGUUAUGUCUUGAUGUCACAGAUUUUUGCUUAUAAGUUUUGAAUGUGAGGAAAUCCUAGAGUCAAUGUCAAUCUCUACUCAUCACCCAUCUCAUCGUCCCACCUCCACCGCACCUCUUCGACUCCUAACAAAAAUCGAAUAUGCAGUCUUCUGGCCAACCGCUCAAGGUCUCCGACUGCUGGCUUGUGUCGUGCACAAGGUGAUGAUUACGGCUAGCGAUUGGGAUUUUCGGAUAUCAGUGCCUAUAGGCAAGAAGCACUGGAAAAAAGUUGCUGUUGUAGACCCGAACUUUCCGAUUCAAAUCGAAUUUCGAUUAGAAGAAAGGAAGCUGUCCGGAUCCGGAAAGAGUGAGCCUGUUGUAGCCGAUGGGAUCAUGCAGAAAUGGGCUGGUGCUUCUGCACCUAUUUCAUCAUCUGGGACCAAUGAAAGUUGUAGCUGCACUACUAGCAGCACUCUUGCAUUCACCUCCAAUGGACCAGCAAAACCGCAACCCGUCCAACUACAACAAUGUACAACGCUGCUCUAUACCGAGCGUGAAGCUUCUUUCAGUGGUAGUCGACAAGGAACACAGAGCCUACACGUUUUGCAGAAAAUAGUCAAAGGGUCUAGUCUGUGGGACCUGGCGUGCGACGUGCUGUAUCGAACAGUACAGGGCGGCUCUGGCAUGCAUGCGACCAACGCGAGGCCAUUUUACAAGUUUCUUGAGAAAUACAGAUUAUGGCGAAAAUAAGAUGCAAAGUAGGGUUUUUUAGAUGAAGUUCAGCUUCUUUAAUAUACUGUGCUGGGGAGUUCCAAGAAAUUCUUCAUCUCGCGUUCAUUGUGGUUAGCUUGAUAGCGCUCCUCGUUGUAGCAAGGUCUGGAUUCACCCUUUAUUUUAGCGGCGGUCCCAUUCUUAAUCCAUCACGCUCACUAUCCAUCUUCAUUUCUCGCUCUGGCGCCACAACUCGACUACCUUUUCGAUGCCUCUGCGACGCUCUUUGGUCGCGGCAUGACCCAUAAGGCACCAGCACACUGCUACAAAGCGAAUGCGGACGCAGAUCAUGAGUCGAAAGGUAACUCUAGUAGAUCAAUGAUGUCUCGAGAUUGAGAAAAUGUCUUGAAAAAAUCAGUACUUAACCUUGUUCAGGCCUUUUUAGUCCUCGACCAUUGAAAGCUUUUGUUUUGCUCAUCUUCAUCUCAUUUGCCCAACUUUUCCUCAGAGCUCGAAUACGUGGAAACCCCUUUGGACUUCUACAACUUGCUCAAACCCUUCCUCAAGAGCACGUUGUCGUUUUCUGACGUCGAGCGGUUAUUUCGCAUUUGCAGACUGCACGCGAUUGAUAUAUCUAGUCCUUUAGGCGGUAGUGCCAGCUGUAGCACCUUGAGCACUCCAGCAAGCGCAGGUGGAGGAGGCGUCAGCAAUCGCGUCAUCGGCCUGUUCGAUCUCAUGGCGUAUGUUCCGCACGUCGACCACGGCGCAACGUGCUUUCUAAGUUUGCAUGGAGACUCGCUUAGUUUGUAUGCCUAUAACAGUGUUGAUGCGCUCGACGGCAAAGACGAAAAUGGGGCACAAAGAGAAACUGAAAGUUUAGUGUGGCGAAAAGUGACUGUGAAUCGGUUGACGUUGGAGAACAGUAUGGUCUCAGAACCGCGGCGUCGAUUCCUCAAGCGCGAAAUGGGAUCGAUAUUAUGAAUCCAUAUUUUUUCAUGUUGAUGAUCAUGAUACUCGCUUCCCUAUCUAAUAGUUCGACGCUUCCAGCAAAGAAAUGUCUCACUCCACCAAUUUCAAUUUCUUACAAUGCAAACUCAUCGCCUUACAAACAUAGCUCCUGUCUGACUGCUCUAAUCACCGAGGUCUACAACUCCGCAACGAGUUCAACCAGCGACCGUGCUGCCCAGCACGAGGCGGUUGAGUCAAGUAAGGAGCUACUAGAGACGCUCAAAGGAAGCUACAAGGAGUCCAACAUUGCUCGUCGGAUUGAUAGAGAUACUCCAGAUACGACGAGGCCCGAUGAAGGGCGUGAUGUGGAUGACGAAGAAACGUCCGCAGCAAAACUUCAACUAGCACUACAACAUAGUGAUUGUGAACUUUCACGCAGCGAGGAGGAGCGCUUUCUACAUGCAUAUAACAACAAAAUGUGGGACUCGUUCCGGGAUAUGGAACGUGCCUGGUGCGAUAACAUUUUCCCUCUUGUGCGCAAACGAUUUCCACACGGCACAGAACAGCUCGGAGCGUUGUACGAAUACCUUGCAGAGCUUUUGCUGGCAGCCGCUGAGAAUGAAGAUGUGGACGAAAUGGCUCCUGCUUUUUAUGAAAGGAUAAUAAAGAGUUCUGGUAUGAUCAUAGAAAAGCUCGAUUUCUAUUUUUGCACAAAAAAAAUUGGAUAAGUGAGAUAAAGGCUACGAAGGUUUCUACGAAGGUUUCCUGCUAAGCUAUAUAUUUUAUUCGCACAUGCAGAUACUGUUUUCAGUUUUUUUUUGGUUUUGAGCCUUCUUACACAAUUUUCAGUUUUUUUGACCUGGGCAGAAAAAAGAAUCAAAUUGCUCUGUCAUUUCAUGUGAAGUGAUUUCCUGUUCACAUGGAAACGAAUUCAUUGAAAAUGAGACAAAAUCAAAAAUUCUUGAAUUUUGACUUUGAAUUUUCAAUUUUGAAGUGAAUUCACAGAAUUUUGGAUUUUAUCUCGUUUUGAAUGAAUUUAUUUCCAGGCGAGCAGGAAAUAUCUCCAAAAGAAAUGGAGUCCUUUUUUCCAAGGAUGCAAGCAAUAUUUCGUUUUUGAUUUGUUUCAGCAUCCAACUCCAUAUUAGUGAUGUCGUGAUUUUUUAGAUCAUCUAUUUCAAAUUAACGGCUUUUUUGAUAAGAGAUUUUUUCACUUCAACAUUCUUUAGAUGAUCCAUUCCAGAAGAUAUGCUGUUAAUGUGGAGUUUUGAAGCCAAUAUUUGAUCCAUAUAUUUUAGAAUCGUGUAAGUGCAGUAAAUGAAGUCCACUUGAUGUCAUUUAUUUUCUUUCAUUCUGAUCCUCAUUGUUUCCAUCUAAGAAUAUUAGAGUAAAAUUUUACGACAAACAACAUCUCCAUUUCAUGCAUCAACUCCGGUCGCUUAUCCCUCUUUCUAAUAACCAAGUCUGGACCAGGCAGACAGUCGACGUGUUAUAGAGGAGAGGCUUCCAUGCUGCAAUCUAGCAAAACAGUAUGUGAAGAUGGCCUUUGUCGAGCGGUUUCGUUAUUUCGGUGCAUCGCAUCCGUUUACCAAGCGAGCGCAUCGUCGACAGCAGAAGAUGUUCCUUGUGUUGAAAGAAAAGAAUCGCGAGUUUCUACGGAGCUGUAGGGAACAAGGAGCAGAUACGCAGCGGGACAGGAAGACUAGUGAAGCCGUCCAGGAAGAGCACACUUCGAGGCAGGACGAAGAAAACGAAGACGCCAGAGAACGAACCCAACAAGCUGGAAGUUCUUCCCGUCAGAACGAGAACAAAGAGGAGACAAAAACAUCAUCGUCACCUUCGUCGGCUGACAAGGGAUCUCGUCCAAGUUCCAAGGUCAGCAGUAGCUGGAAUUUAGUUUCCGACGUUGACAGCUGCCAAGCAGAUGGGUCUUCACAUAGCACGAAUACGUCCAAGAAUACAAGAACUAAUACAGUUGAAGAAAAAGAAUCUUCAGAAAGCACGAUUUUUACGGCGAGACCGGGAGCUGCUCCUCCAACCCGUGGUUUGAGCAACGCACAGAGGAAAAUUAUGGCUGGAAUUGUCAUGGUUGUAGCUUAUAUUGUUAAAACACGACUUGGUCUUGGAUUUUUACCUAGAUAAAACCCCUACAAAAAAAAAUUUCUAAGAGAAGAAUCCGGCAAACCAAGGAGCAUCUCGUGGACCAACUGCAGGGUCUGGGAGAGCUUGUCGCUACCCUCAAUCAAGAAAAGAGGAAGUUAGCGACUCUCACUCAGCAGGUUGCUUCAAGUAUGAAUGGAGGUGCUGGUGCUGGAACCAUGGACUCGUUGUAUAACAAAUCAAAACCGCAGAUGGACAAGAAUAUGAUCAUGACAAAGCUUAACAAGCGAAAGAUGGCACCCUCAGCGAUAGAUACGUCGAAGGUGGCUCCUGGUAGUGCCACGACGAGUCCAGAGUCAGUCUGUUCGACGCAUGCCUCACCGAGUCCCUUCGACGAAGAUGGGGGUCCGCGGACUAGGCCGAUCGCAAGUAGUCUGGCGGGAUUCGCGGAGUUAGACUGAAGUAGAAGGUUCUGUUCAAAUCCUAGUAUGAAGUACUGAAUGUUGCGAGAGAAGAUUUCCUUAUUCUCGAAGUAGAUAGUUCUAAAUCAUAAUUAUCAUACCAAGUCUGAAGGCAAGUAGACUGGGGAGGAAAACUGGGAGUAAAGAUUUUUCAUGUGUACAUUCACGAGAGUCAGAAAAGAAAGGAGACACUACAGUACACCUUCACCUUCCGUAUAUUAAUACGAAUUUAACCUCUACUUCUAUCUCUAUGUUUUUGCUGCAUGAAUUCGUUGUUGUACUAACCAAAAAUAACAUGACCAACGUGUUCGCUUUCAUGCCGAUGUCCAUAAUGUUUUAGCGCUUUCAAAGACUCGUGGUCCUAUGAUAUUGUCCUAUUUCCAGCACAUAGUGCUUUCGAAGACUCGUGGUCCUAUACUAUUUCUACAACCUUCAAGAU